CUACUACGGGAAUGUAUGAGAAGGAAUUCAGUCAGGAGUCACCUGCUAUAGCUGAUUCUGAACGAACUCGUCUUCGAUAUGAACGUGUUCUAAACAAGCAUUUAAAAUGUUAACACAAUAGUAAAUAUCUGACCAUGAAUUUUUUUGAAAUGCCUUGCAGUCUUAAAGAAAUCGCCACUGCGGAACCGAAAGGUUGAAAGUAACAGGCUACUGUGUAUUCAGUGUUCAAUAUAGACGUAUGUUGGAUCAUUUUGAACCACCACUGCAAGAAACUACGUAAUUUUGCAAGUACGUGAGCAUCAACAGUUGUCCACAUUUUUACAUCAGUUAAACUGUACUUCCCAACGAAGUACGGACAGUCAGAAGAAACAUUACAGGCUGGAAAUUGGUCACACGCUUCCUGUAGGAAAGGGCUUGCACAUGCAGGCGGAGCUUGGGUCCCGUGGCCAAGGAGGAUGUUUAACCAUUCUUGUAAACUUCAAUCCAAAAGUGCUAAAUACAUUUGCAGGUACGAAGUACCUCUGAUAUGCCAAUUUAAAAGCCUUUCUCGCCAAUCUAAAGAAGAGGACUAUCCAAUCUUUUUUCGUCUGACCAAGAUCUAAAGUUGUAUACUCAGCACUAUGGCACGGUUCCUGAGACAUUUUACAGUUGUGGGCGAUGAUCAUGGUGUAAAGUGGGAUGAAGAACUGCAUGAGGCCAGUGAGGAGCUGGGCCCAGCUACGGGACCAUUUCAAGGACUUACCUUCCAAGAUUCAAUGCGAAGACUGUACAGCUCCAAUCAUUUCCAGAUAAUUGUGGUGUGCCUUGUCAUUCUGGAUGCAAUCUUUGUCAUGGCUGAACUGCUGAUUGACUUAUCAAUCAUCAGAUUGGAACAUGGGCACUUAGCCCCUGAGGUAUUUCACUACUUGAGUCUGGCUCUGCUCACCUUCUUCAUGGUGGAGCUAGCUGGGAAGAUAUUUGCCUACCGCCUGGAGUUCUUCAUGCACAAGUUUGAGAUCUUUGACGGGCUGGUGGUGAUAGUGUCCUUUGUGCUGGACAUAGUGUUCAUCUCCCAUGAGGAUGUGUCUGACGGGAUGGGGCUUCUCAUUCUCCUUAGACUCUGGAGAGUUGCAAGGAUUGUUAAUGGGAUCAUUGUAUCUGUGAAAAACCGUGCUGAUCACAAAGUUCACAAGCUGAAGGAGAGCAAUGACCAUCUUGUCCAACGUGUUGGUGAACUACAAGAGUGCAAUCUCAAAAUGGAACAGGAAAACUCUAAAUUUCGAGCUCUCCUGAGACAGCACAACAUUGAAUUCUAAGUUUAGGGGAAACCCAAAUUUGGAUUUGGUUGUUUUCAUAUUUUCAAUGAACCAGUUUGAAUCAAAGGUGUGUGUUGUGAAAGGUUUAAUAAAAAAAAAAUGCUACA